CUCUCUUCAUACACCUUCUCGUCCAUCAUGUUCUCCUCUAGACUAUUCAGACCGGCGCAGCAGCUGUCAAACCACGUUCGUCGAUACGCAUCCGAAGCACCCAAGAGCGGCGGCGGCAACCCGAUCCUCUACGCUGUUGGCGGUGUCGCUGCCCUAGGUGCUGGCGCCUUCGCACUCUCAGGACAGAAGAAAGACCCGGUUGCUGUUGCGAAAGAGCUUACGGAGCCGAAGAGAGAAAAUGUGCCGCCUCAUAUGGGAGGUCCGCCUGACAAGGUUUUCAUUGGAGGAGACCAGGGCUUCAUCUCCUUGACACUGGACUCGACCGAGAAGAUCAACCACAACACGAAUAAAUUCCGCUUCAAGUUCGAGAACCCGGACGCCGUCAGUGGUCUCACGAUUGCGAGCGCUCUCGUUACCAAGCACAAGGCCGAGGGCGAUGAGAAGCCAACAAUUCGACCAUACACCCCAACCAGCGAUGAAGACGAGAAGGGCUACAUGGAUUUGAUCGUCAAGAAGUACGAGGGAGGCAAGAUGUCAGAGCACCUUCACUCGAUGGAGCCCGGUCAAAAGCUGGAGAUGAAGGGCCCGAUCCCGAAAUACCAAUGGCAAGCCAACAAGCACAACCACAUCGCCCUCCUCGCAGGAGGCACCGGUAUUACGCCCAUGUGGCAACUCGCCCGCCAGAUCUUCAAGGACCCCAACGACAAGACGAAAGUUACGCUUGUGUUCGGCAACAUAACAGAAGAGGACAUCCUGUUGAAGAAGGAAUUCGACGACCUUGAGAAGCAAUACCCGGAACGAUUCCGCGCAUUCUAUGUUCUGGACAAGCCUUCAAAGAACUGGGAGGGCGGCAAAGGCUUCAUCUCGAAGGAGCUGUUGCAAAAGACAAUCCCACAACCGGAUGAGGAGAACGUCAAGGUGUUUGUCUGCGGUCCUCCUGGUUUGGUCAAGGCUAUCUCUGGACCUAAGAAGAGCCCGGCAGACCAAGGCGACCUCGCUGGAACGUUGAAGGAAAUGGGUUACAGCAAGGACCAGGUUUUCAAGUUUUAA